AUGAUACCAACGCCACUGGUGGGUUUCCUGGUGAUUUGUGUAGAAAUUCACCUCACCUCUGCGAGAGUAUGCUACUUGGGCAGCGAGCCGGACCCUCAGCGGGAAAGCAAACUUCGCUGGGUGUUGCGUUCUGCGUCCGACCCUUGCGAGUGCACCAGUAUCGUACCCGGCGGAUUGAGCAAUCCUAAGAUCGCGCAGCCUGCAAUACACCAGUUCCCCAAUUCCGAACCGGUCUUGUUUUCAACCAACAAGACGGAGAUUCGUGAACGGCUCAACUGCCCAGAACCAACUGUGGGUGUCAGGGCGCCCGACUGUGAAGCCCUAUAUGAAGCCGGUGAGAGGACGAAUGGUGCCUACACCAUCUACCCGUCGCAGUAUCCAGAGGGCUUACGGGUCUACUGUGAUAUGGAUAACGAAGGCUGGAUCGUAUUUCAGCGACGCGUGGAUGGAUCGGUGAAUUUCACCCGUAGCUGGGCCGAUUACCGUGAUGGCUUCGGUGGUCUGAUGGGGGAGUUCUGGUUGGGCAAUGAGGCCUUGCACCGUCUGACCGACAACCCCGGUCAGACCUGGUCUUUGAGAAUGGAUCUCCGAAAUGAUGUUGGAAGCACUGGGCGUGGAGUGUAUCAGAAUUUUAACAUUGGAGCUAAUACGUACGAGCUGCAUCUUGGAUAUUCGUACUCUCUAUUUAAUAUAGCUAAUCAGGUAUCUAUCAGCGGACAAAAAGGCCACCCCUUCUCCACGUACGAUCAAGAUAACGACGAGUCCAUGGCGAAUUGUGCACAGCAGGAGAGAGGCGGUUGGUGGUUCAGCACCUGCAGCGGCAGCAAAAAGAACUUGAAUGGUGAAUACCAAACCAGCAUCCAACGUGGCAUCGGAUAUGGCACGGCAGCGACAGGCCGGAAGAUCGUGUGGUGCGAAAUGAAAACCCGGCGUGUGUAG